CUCACCUGUGCAAUGCCACGUUCCACAAACACCUGCAGGACCUGUUUGUGCCGCUGGUCGUUCGAUACAUCGACCUGAUGGAGUCGUCCAUCGCUCAGUCCAUCCACCGCGGCUUCGAGCAGGAGACCUGGCAGUCCGUCAAGUCGCUCACUAACAAUCUAGCCAGCGUUCCUCUCCCCAAAGUCCCCAGCCUCCCUCUCUCGCUGCCUCAGAUGCCGAGCUUCUCUGCCCCCGCCUGGAUGGGACCGCUGUGUGAGAGCACCUUGCAUGGGUUGAAUCUACCUGACAUCUUUAACGGCUCGGCCACCGCGGAGGAUUUGUUCUGGAAGCUGGACGCUCUGCAGUCGUUCGUGCUCGACCUCCAUUGGCCGGAGCCGGAGUUCGCCAAACAUCUGGAGCAGAGGCUGAAGCUGAUGGCCAGCGACAUGAUGGAGGCCUGCGUCAAGAGAACAAAAUCUGCGUUUGAUGCCAAAAUGCAGAAGGCGUGUAAGUCGACGGACUUCAGGGUGCCGCUGGCCGUCUGCACGAUGUUCAACGUGCUGAUGGACGCCAAGAAGCAGUGCUCCAAACUCUGCGUGCUGGACACUGGCCAGGAGAUUGACAAACAAUGGCAACAAUACCACUCCAAAAUCGAUGUUCUGAUCGACGAGGCGUUCAAAGACAUGCUUUCCUCCCUGGUCACAAAGUUCGCCGCUGUUUUAGACGGCGUCCUCUCCAAACUCUCCAGAUACGACGAAGGCACAUUCUUCUCUUCGAUCCUCUCCUUCACAGUGAAAGCAGCUGCCAAAUAUGUGGAGGUCCCC